CGGCCUGCAGCACAGUGAGGAGAAACGGAUCCGGGAAUUCUACCAGUCCCGUGGCCUCGACCGGGUGACACAGCCCAGCGGUGACGACACGGUGGGGGGUGACCCCAUGGGGCUCCCCUACAGCACCUUUGACCACUCACGUGCCCACUAUUUCCGCUACGACGAGCACGUCUCUCUCUGCCUUGAGAAGCUGAGCUCCAGCAAGGACAAGAGCAAGGCUGUGCUGCAGCAGAAGUACGUGAGGUGCUCGGUGCGGGCGCAGAUCCGGCACCUGCGGAGGGUCCUGUGCCACCGGCUGGGGCUGCCCCUGCAGCACGUGCAGAUCCUGUUUGACAACGAGCCCCUCCCUGACCACAUGACGAUGAAGCAGCUCUGGCUCUCGCGCUGGUUCAGCAAGCCUGCGCCCCUCCUGCUGCACUACAGCAUCAAGGACAAGAGGAGGUAGGGGCAGGGGUUGGGUGCUGCCCCCCCCAGUGCAGCCCUGCUCCUGCCCCCCAUAACUUAUACCACCCUUCGAGUUUAUUUUUGGAAUAAAACUGUGGAAAAACCCC